AUGGGGAAAAAUUCUUUUCAGCAGCCUCCGCCGCUCUGCGCAGGGCCCCGGCUGCCGCCUGCCCCCAGGGCUCUGGCACGGGCACCCCCAACCCCGGAGCAGCCGGGAGGUGGAGGGGCGCCCCGCGCCGCCUGCAUCUCCGCGGGGGCAUGGACCGCGGGCGCUCGUGUGCGGGGGAGCGGCAUCCUGAAAGAAACACCACUAGCAAAUGCUGCAUUCUGGGCUGCAAGAAAAGGAAACCUGGCUCUUCUUCAGCUGUUGUUGAACAGUGGGCGCAUAGAUGUGGACUGCAGAGACAGUCUUGGCACAACUGCUUUAAUGGUAGCUUCUAACUAUGGCCACAUAGACUGUGUGCGGGAAUUAGUAGUGCAAGGAGCAGAUAUCAAUCUGCAGAGAGAGUCAGGUGCAACUGCUCUGUUCUUUGCUGCACAACAAGGCCACAAUGAUGUUGUGAAGUUUCUCUUUGAAUUUGGAGCCUCAACUGAAUUUAAAAAUAAAGAUGGAGGCACUGCUCUGCUAGCAGCUUGUCAAUAUGGGCAUGCAAAAGUGGCGGAUACUCUGUUGAAGCACGGUGCCAACGUUCACGAUCAACUUUACGAUGGAGCUAGUGCACUAUUCCUGGCUGCCCAAGGAGGCUUUCUGGAUGUAAUCCGAUUAUUGCUGUCUUCGGGAGCAAAGGUCAACCAGCCAAGGCAGGAUGGGACAGCUCCAUUGUGGAUAGCAUCACAAAUGGGUCACAGCGAGGUGGUGAGGGUAAUGCUGCUCCGGGGAGCUGAUCGAGAUGCCACACGGAAUGAUGGUACAACUGCUUUACUUAAAGCUGCUAACAAAGGGUAUAAUGAUGUUAUAGAGGAGCUACUCAAAUUCUCUCCUACACUUGGCCUCUUGAAGAAUGGGACUACUGCUCUCCAUGCAGCAGUUCUGGGUGGCAGUGCUAGAGCAGUAGCAUUGCUUUUGGAAGCAGGAGCAGAUCCUAAUAUUAGAAAUAAGGCAAAUGAACUGCCAGCAGAACUAACAAAAAAUGAACGCAUCCUGCGGCUCCUCCGAACAAAAGAAAAGCAAAGGAAAAGCUAAGAGUUCUGUAUCAAAAGUGGUUUGGCAGUGGUUUGUCCACACUGGUACUAAAGCAAAUCUGUUUUUGAGAAUGGUUUAUUGAAAUUACCUUUGUUAUGGAUUCACAGUGCGAUAGGGCCCUAGUAUUAAACCAAAUAGGGCCUUUGUUGUGGACUUCAGUGAGAACAAAAUUUGAUCCCAGUCUUUUUUGCACGAUAGCUCUGCCUCUACUUACAAAUCCUUGCAGUCCAAGCACUUCUAUGAGCCCCUACAUGCCUGUAGCAUACCUCAUACCUUCAUAUAAAAGUGCUCCAGCUAUUUUACAUACAUUCCUAGCACUGUUAUGAUUGCACCCGCUGUGAUCAAGUCCUGUGACUGACUGAUUCUAUGUGCUCCUGUUAAGUGUGAAUCACUCAGUCCUUGUGUGGAGAAGCAUAUGUUUUCCAGCUGCACUGAUUCAGUUGUCCCACGAUGCUUCAGCCCACUCUUCAGUAACUGCUCCAGCAGUUUAGAGCUCCAGCUCUGUCUGCCCUUCCCCACCACCCAGUUUCAGAUUUAAGAGGGAGCCAAAGGGUACUCAUCUGUGCUAUGCUCUGCCCUGUGCUGUAGAGAGCCUGUGGAUACAGAACAGACCACUGCAAUGUUAUUUACAGGAUCUUUGUAUUGCUAAAGGGAAAACAGUACAAAACUUAUUGGAGUGAAAGAUAGCAAAUCUACCAUGGCAUGUACACAUCCACAUUAGUAACUUCAAGUUGCGUGUUAAAUGAAUUUACGUUAACUGACCUGGGUUUGCCAUGGCAAUGAGAAAACUGCCUCAGCUGCUGCUUUCAUCUGCCUGAGCCCUGCCAGUAGGCAUUAGAUCAGUGAUUCUAAACUUUGUUAGACUCAAGAUACCACUCAGAAAAUGUCAGCUUGUAGCUUUCACUGGUUUCUUGACUAUGUCAAAUAAUAGAGUAAUUUUUCUGUUGCAAACAACUCAAAAACCACAGUAGUUAAGAGUGUUUUUCGAACCAUGGAUCGCUCUUUGAAAUCUCUGGAUUUAUUCUGUAAAUCGUAUAGGUGUUCGCACACCUAGUAUUGCAUGGCAUCCUAUGGCACCCUUAAAAAGAUUUCAGGGCACCCCAGGGUGCUGCAGCACCAUAUGAGAAUUACUGCAUUAGCUAAAGAAUAUGCAGUGCCCAAAGCUUGUCCACCUCUCUACUAAGUCAUCCUGGUUCUCGUAUUGACACACCAUUGCCUCUCAAAGUGAGGUAUAGGACAACUAUCUGAUGUGAAGAGGGAUAAGGGAAACUAGCUGAGCCAUAAGACGUAUCCCAGAGAGAUGUCCUUCCACUUGCCAAGUGAUUCACUACAUUUUUGGAGUCAGGGCAUGUUUCCACAGCUCUCUUGAAUUUGGCAGCACCCCAGUUGGGAACCACUGUUGUGCUGCCUCAGUUUACCUUAGUGAUGCUCAGCUGGGAUGCUGCCAUAGCUACCACCAUGUUAAAGUGCCCAACAUACCUUGUGCAAAGCUGAACCAGGAAGGGCUACAACACAUGUGCAUGCUCUGGGUAUCAUUAGGGUUGUCUACUAAGACUAAUGCAGGCUGCACAACAUCUCCUGGAAACAGGCACACAGGGCAGGUGGAGCUGUCCCAUGUGCCUCUGUUUCCAGGAGAAGUACUGGGGGACUGGGUUGGGAAGGGCUGGAGCAGGAGUGGGUACUUCUGCCUGCUUUAGAUUUAUCAGAUAACUUCAGUGCGGACAGGAGUGCAUGUGUGUGCUGCGGCCCUUCCCAGUCUGGCUGUGCAUGAGGUGCAGGGGCACUGGACCUGGUUGUAGCAGUGGUGCCUGUGCUGUGGCACCCCUGAAAGGGUCUUAUGGGAUUUUGGGUUGCCAUGGCAUCCUGGUCGAGACUCACUGCACUAGCCCCUUGCCUUGACUAUUCUGCCCAGAUCUCAGAAGGAGAUAUUAGAGGAAAAGAAACUGUUACUUAAAUAAUGACUCAAUAAAAUGAUCUAAAACAUCACAAGUUAUGAAAAACAUAAGAGUUAGCUUGGGUUGCCUCUUAAGAUAGACUCUGGGUUUCUAUUUAAUACCAUAAUCUGUCCAGCAGUAGUACCUGCAUACAGUUCUUGGAAAAUGCAUCCCCUUUCUCUCAUAGCAUGGGAGAUGGAUUUCCUCAAAUCCAAGGGCAGGACAGAUCCAGUCACUGAACAAACCUACCUAAGUGUAUUGUUACCAGGUGCAAAUAUACUAUAUACUUAGUUGUGAGGCACAAAAGUAUACAUGCUAUAAAAGUAAAUCUGGUAUGUUGUACAUAUCUGUGCCACUAUUUAUUAUUCACCAGCAACUAUGCAAUGCACCUGCACCUGGGACCUGUGUCUGGAAUUAUCAGAGAAGCAUCACAGAAACUUAGCUGUAUUGUCAGUGUCAUGGACUUACAAUGAACCAUCAUGAAGCAUGGUAAUCAUCCAUGUCCCCAUACCACGAUACAUUGAUAAAGAAUAAAUUAUUCCAGUAUAGGCAUGCCUUCAGUCUUGGUAGUUGCAACCAUUUUAGAGGCUACCCUUCAGUAAGGUUCAAAUGUAACAUUAAGUCAGUAGGUGGACAAAAACCACUCUACCCAUCUUGGAACCAUAGUGAGUCAUUUAAAAGUGUUAAUAUGGAAAAGUCCUUGAAAAGAGGUGAAGUUCUACCAUGUUAACAGGCUGCAAAUAUGAAAUUCAGCUGAGUCAUUGCACUGCUAGUCCAAUGAGUGAAAAAUCACUUUAUUAUUUCUCAAGCGAGCCCAGUUCACUUUAGUACUGUUUUCCUUUAACAUUUAGGGCCAAAAUUAUUCCUAAAACCAGACACCUAGUAAUCAGCUGGAAUUACUCUUUCUCUUGUGGAUUGGCAAAUCAGGGCGGAGGGAAUGAAAGGCAUGCUGAAUAGGAAAAAAUAAUG